UUUUCAGAAGUCUCAUCAGCACUGAAGUCAAUUAACUGGCUGCAAGCUGGCCAGGCGCAUGAGAUGCUUCUAGAAGAAACUGAUUCUGCUCCGCAUGAGCACCGCAUACCCAGCUUCCCAAGCUCUUUCCAAGGAUGUGGGUUCACUCUAGCAUUACGGUGUAAGCUGUCUUCACUAAACUGUGCUUUUUUCCGUGAGGGAGGGAACAUCCCCAGGGAGUUCUGCCCCCUAAUCCUGGGAACCGCUGGCUGAAUCCCCCCUUUUCAGCCCAGAGGCUUCCUUCUCCACUCCCUCCAGGAGCCUAGUAGGCUCUGCACCAAUUCUACACUGCCUCUUCCUUUUUUAAGGGGCGAAAGGCUGAGCACUCCCUUGCAUGGUAAGUGGUCUGUCACUCUGUCCCGCUGUGCAGCUGUGAUUGGCGGGAAGGACAAGUCCUCUGGCCCCGCCCCCGCCUGUGUUUGCCGCGCUUGGUGGUUUUUUUUUUUUUUUUUUUUUUUUGAAAAGGUGGAGAGCGAGAUUCUGGCGCUUGGACCUGAUGGAGCAGCAUUCCCAAUUUUGACUGCUGUUAUUCGUCCUCCACCAGUGAGUCAGAGCCAAAAGAAGGCUAGUCCUUUCCUGCUGAAAGAGCUUUGGGGAACUGUUGCUCAGGACCUAGGCACUCCUGACGCAUCUUCUCAGUCUCACUCCUUUCUAUGGCUUCGCUGUGAAAUCCCAGGCACGUUUGUAGCCCUGUGAAUUCCUCUGCUCUGUGCUCAGAGGAGGGGUCCAGGAAAACAUCAAGUGUUGGAAAGAGAGGGCUUCAGAGUACUGCGGGAGCUGUCUGAGGUGCUGAAACCUUCCAAGCGUUUGACUCCACCAGCCCCAGAAGGGGUUAGAUGGCACGUUUUCAUUUCUGCCUUUCUGGUCCCUCAUGCCUUGGAUAAGACUCUUUCCAGGAUCGUGAAUAUCGCUCCGUAUCAUGGCCCACGUGAGACACUUUCGGACACUAGUUUCUGGAUUUUACUUCUGGGAAGCCGCACUGCUACUGAGUUUGGUUGCCACGAAGGAAACAAACAGUGCGAGAUCACGAAGUGCUCCAAUGUCACCUUCCGAUUUUCUGGACAAGCUGAUGGGGAGGACAUCGGGGUAUGAUGCGAGGAUCCGGCCUAACUUCAAAGGUCCUCCAGUGAAUGUCACAUGCAACAUAUUCAUAAACAGCUUUGGCUCCAUUGCAGAAACGACUAUGGAUUACAGAGUGAAUAUUUUUCUUCGUCAGAAAUGGAAUGAUCCUCGUCUUGCAUACAGUGAAUAUCCUGAUGAUUCACUGGACCUGGACCCGUCCAUGUUGGAUUCCAUUUGGAAACCGGACUUGUUCUUUGCUAAUGAGAAGGGGGCUAACUUCCACGAAGUCACCACAGAUAACAAACUGCUAAGAAUUUUCAAAAAUGGAAAUGUCCUUUACUCAAUAAGGUUAACAUUAACACUGUCCUGUCCAAUGGAUCUCAAGAAUUUCCCAAUGGACGUACAAACAUGCAUAAUGCAACUAGAAAGCUUUGGGUACACAAUGAAUGAUCUCAUUUUUGAAUGGCAAGAUGAGGCACCAGUACAAGUGGCCGAAGGACUCACUUUGCCUCAAUUUCUGUUGAAAGAAGAAAAAGAUUUGCGAUACUGCACUAAACACUACAAUACAGGGAAGUUUACAUGCAUAGAAGUGCGGUUCCAUCUUGAGCGGCAAAUGGGCUACUACUUGAUCCAGAUGUACAUUCCCAGCCUUCUGAUUGUUAUUCUAUCUUGGGUCUCAUUCUGGAUUAACAUGGAUGCAGCCCCAGCUAGGGUAGCUUUGGGCAUCACCACUGUGCUUACUAUGACCACACAGAGUUCUGGAUCCCGGGCUUCCUUACCAAAGGUUUCCUAUGUCAAAGCUAUUGAUAUUUGGAUGGCAGUGUGCCUUCUUUUUGUGUUUUCAGCACUUCUGGAGUAUGCAGCAGUGAAUUUUGUAUCAAGACAACACAAAGAACUUUUGAGAUUUCGACGAAAGAGAAAGAAUAAGACAGAAGCUUUUGCACUGGAGAAGUUUUACCGUUUCUCAGACACGGAAGAUGAGGUGAGGGAGAGCCGGUUCAGCUUCACAGCUUAUGGAAUGGGGCCAUGUCUGCAAGCAAAAGAUGGUGUGCUUCCCAAAGGACCCAACCACGCGGCCCAGGUAAUGCCAAAGAGCCCUGAUGAAAUGAGGAAGGUCUUCAUCGACCGAGCCAAGAAGAUUGACACCAUCUCCCGAGCCUGCUUUCCACUGGCGUUUCUGAUUUUUAACAUUUUCUACUGGGUUAUCUAUAAAAUUCUUAGGCAUGAAGACAUUCAUCAGCAGCAGGAUUAAGUCUCUGAAGGCAUUACAAAAACACUGUAGUCAGGAAGGGAGUUUCCCUGCCAUCAGAGUGGGUGGGUGUGCGUGUGAUAUGCAAGUGAUAGCCAACGCAUCCAAACAGCACAUGGGGAAAGAGUUUAUUUUGACUUUCUAUGUAACAUAAUGAGAAAGAUUGGUUCUUUUAAGGGAUACAAAAUAUACAUUGUGGGGUCCUGUUUCAUAUUUCUGCAAGAUGAUCUGUUUUCUCCACAGUGUCAAUGUAUGUUGUGUAUGUUAUACUAGCACAUACAGUAAAUAUGAUAACUACUUUGGCAUUUCUUGAUUUUUAAUCCAAUCAUAGCAAAUAAUGUGGAAUCAAGAUUUUCACAGUAAAAUUCAUGAAACAAGUGAUGAGGAUAAUAAAAAGUAAUAGUUUGAGGUAUAUAGUAUAUUUAAAAGUGAAAGUAACAAAAUCACUCAGUGGCAAGUUCACUUCAGUUAGAACAUUAGCCAUAGGAAUAUUGUAUAAACAACAUACAGUAACAAAAUAUUAAAUUGGAUGAUCAAAAUAAAAGCCACUGUUUAGGAUAUUAAAUAUGUCUCCGUGGAAAUUUAAAAUAAACAGCCUAAGCAAUCAUGUUAUAUAAAAAUUCUAUGUAUCUUUGCAUCUCUAAGAAUGAAGAUAAAGAUACUGAAGACAGGCUUUGUUUGUAAAUAAGUGUUACAUUCAUUUUUAAUUAGUGCCAAACACUGAAAUUUUUAAGCCAACACGGUUUGUUGUUGUUGUUAAAUUUAAUAGUAGCUUGUCUGGAUGUUUGGUGAUUUCAUGUAAUUAAACAAAAUUCAAUAAGAUUUUUCUAUUUAGAUUAGAAUGAGACUUUAAAUAUUAAUUAUACUAAAGUACUUACAUUUUGAUAUAAACAAACUCAAGGAAAAGUAAAAAUAGAUUCAUGAAAGAAUUUUAAUAAGAACCAUUUUCUCAUGAAAGUUACAUGCGCCGCAAAUACCAUGGGUUUUAAUCCUAAAUGAGUGAAACGUAUCAACUGUAUCCAGGGAGAUUGCUUUAAUCGUUAUGAGUUAAUGAAUUCAAAAUGUAGUCAUUCACAAGUUGUGAGGAAUUUAAAAACAACUUUGCUUGGAAUUUAUCCUUGGCCCAUGGCAUGAUCUCAGCUGCUGUGCCCUACUCUUUCAGUCACACAGCAGUUACUAGGAGAAAGUGUGUAACAGAAUUCUCGGCAAAAUUAAUCCAAGUUCUGAUGACUCAUUUUCUUAAUUAUGAUUGCCAUUCAUAUCAUAUUUGAAAAACUUUCAGAGUGAUUUUAGAUAUUUUAAUUAUUGAUUAGUCUAUAAAAUUAUAUAAAGUGAAACCGUCAAAAAUUUUAAAAGAUCUCGGAUGUGUUGUAGAAAAAUCAACUGUUUUUUAACCAAAUGGUACUAUUUUCUGACGUUCAACCACUCAGAAAACUCAAAGCAGAAACUGCCAUCUAAAGCUGAAAACUUGUCAAUGUCUCUGUAGUUUGAUGAACCCAACCAUAGAUUUUAAAAUUAACUUUUUAAAAAAUGAUUCAUGCUAAGCAGUGUUUGCUAAUAAAAGGCAAAAUAUCACUUUUGUAAGUAAUUUACACACGGUAAGAACAUUAUGUUUGUGAUUAUAUGCAGCCAACAAGUAAAAUAAUUUAUUGUGUACUUCCUUUGCUUAAAAAAAUACACACCUAAAAGUUAAACCUACAUGUCAUCCUUUGCCAUCUAUGACCCAAAACCAUGUAUUAAAUAUUAGAACAAGAUAUGUUGUUUAUGCUGAGAGUUAGCCAGAGGGUUUGAAGUAAUGAUGAACUACACGCCUUCAGUGUUGGCAAAAUGCUUGCAUUCAUUUUUCUGUGCUUUAUAUAUCUUAUUUAAAAAGUUUUCUGACAUUACUUAAAUUGAGUAAAUCCUGCCAGAAGCAAACAGAAAAAAAAAAAAAUAAUGAUCACAAACACACAUAUGCCCCAAAGAAAACCACAGGUGUGACUAGCCAUCAUAUUUGAGGUCAUUAAAUGUCUGGGGUUUCUUUUUAUCUCUGAAGUUGGAAGGUAAUAUAUGAACCAUGAGAAAAUUUGUCAAAAAUGACAUUAAUUCUAUACAAAUAUUGCUAUCUCAAAAGUACAUUUUCUUUAUCUUUCCUUAUAAAUAAUUCUUUCAUUACACUUACCCUGUCUUCCAACACAAACACUGUAAAUAGCCUUCUCUUAUGAGGUAAUCCUUACAAGGCAAACAGGGAUGAAUUGAAGGGGCUUAAAGGAAUGUAUACCCUGUAAUGAACCAAUGAGAUAUUAGAGAACCUUUACAACUGGAAUAAUAACAACAUCCUGAAGUAUUUGCCUCAAAAGGCCUCUGUCAAAUGAGAUUUUUUUUUCCCCUUAGUACUAAGGAUUGGAGGCAGAGUCUGUCAAAUGUUGAGGGAAAAAUUACUAAGCCCCAACCAGAGUCCAAAGCCAGAAUCUUUUAAAUGAAAAUCAGAAAAAUAUCAAUGGUAAGAAAUAAUUUAGAUACCAUAUACACUGCCAUUCACUUGAGAUGGAACUCCAGUACAAACUCUCUAAAAAACUCUGAAUUAGCCAUAUUAGAAGCUAUGAGGAGGUUGUACAUGAUGUUUAUUUUAUUUAAUAUUAAAAUUUAUGCAUUUUAACUUGAAAUAUUUGGUUCCACAGUACACACGUUUUUAGGUAAUCUGUUUUCUUUUUAGUGUAGAUAUACACAACUUUUACUUUUCUUUUUUUUUUUUUCUUCCGGGGUCUAGCCUUGGCUCAGGGUCAGGUCCUGAGAAGGUGUGUUGGUGCAAGGAAAAAUUCUGACCUCCAGGUAAAUUGCCCUCAAGUGACUCCGAAAAGCUCGAGCCAUCUUUAAUUAUACUUUGACAGAGUGUUUUUCUGCCAGGCUUACAUGAACAGCUUUAUAAUUGCCUCCUAUUUUUGACUUUUAAGAAAUACACCGUGUUUUACGAAAUACAUCCUAAUCAUUAUAAAACCUGUCAUUGUUCCCCUUUAUGCUUCCCCAAAUACACUUCCCCAAACCCUACAUAACCUUUUUCUAGACAUAGAGUGCAGCAUUUUUGCAGGCUUAACUAAAUAUCGAGCCAGACACAUGCUGCUCUCACAGCACUUUGGUCAGCUGGCAACUACUUGCGGUUACAAAGCUAAAAAGUGAUGGACAUGGGUACAAUGCUUUAAAGACAGCAAUACUCAAACCCAAACAAUUCUUUUAUGUCUGAAAGAUAUGCUUUUAUACAGCUUCCUUAUCUACAGGAGGGUCCCCUAUCUCAAUCUCUCUACAAAAGGCAGACUUUGAGAAGGCACUCUUUUCCCAUCCCACCAUGCUUACUUCUUCCACCAAUAUAAACUCCUAUGUAUGGUAAAGAAGGAUCCAUUCAUCCUCCAUUUUGCAGUGUAUUUUUUCCUCUUGGAGCAUACCAGAUCCUACCAAUGAUUCUAUGCUUGGUGUUCAGGGAAAUUACUCUCAACAGUUGACACUAUGAAUAUUCCUGAGGCAUUUUUCCUACUUUGUGUAUGCAUGUCUUACUCUCCUUUCCAGAACUGUAAGACAUGGUUAAUAUUCCAGGUGUUGUUUUUUCAUAUGUACCUAUUACUUCCUGCCACUACAGUUCUAUGAGUCUUCUUCUCCACAAGGUGGUCAGUCCUAUCUACCUUUUCCUUAGAAGAAUUAUUAAAAGCAAGAUCCAUUAAUUUUAACUGCCUCUAUUGAGUCAAAGGAGUUCCCAGGAUUAGGAGUUGUAAUUAGUAAUUCCAGAUUAAAAAAAAAAUUUUAAAAUCAGCCUCUUGUUGAUACUAAGAAAAAAAUUCUAAAAAAAAAAAAAAAAAAAAACAACUAAAACAAACAAACAAACAAACAAAAAACCCAGAAUGUCCAGUGGAAAUGACAGCUACUGUGUGCAUGAUUAACAAAGUAAAACUAAAAAAUCACCAAUGGAAUCAACAACAUGGUAAGAGAAAAAAGAGCCUACAAGCUGCGCAAAUUCAGCAAAGACCUGUGUGAUCCACAGGUUCCUACCAAGUGAGACAUGAUCUCCACAGGUCUUGCCUCAUGGAGAUCCACUGGACAGGCAUGCAUAUGCCGAUCAAGACUAGGCUGCAUGGCUUCUGACACUUUCCCAAUCACUACAAGAUCUAGAUCUUUCUUUAUGACUCAUGGUAGCUAUCAGAACCACUGCAGAAAUGGGAAAGAGAUGUUUAACACCAUUUCAAUUCUCUCCAGAAGUUUUUCCAUAACACAUACCGAAAAAGCUUAUCCAGCUCUCAGCUCUGCUACACACACAGAGUAUCAUGAAUGGCUUAAAUAUUUACCUUAUUCCAUAAUAAAUUCUUAUUGUGUGGAUAUAGUCUAAUAAACUUAAUUUUAAACUUUGAAUUAUAAAUGCAUGAGAAUCCAUACAUACCUAUUACAUGAUCACAUGCAUUGAUUUUAUGAAUGUCCAGUAUCUAUAUAAGAUAUUGGAAGUUAUAAUGAAAAUUAUAAAAAGUAAACAAUAUUCUUGACAGAAGGUGGUGAGUUCUUAGCUUCUCUAAUAAUUUUAUAACUAAACAGAUUAUUUGGAUAUAAUUAGGAGUAUCUUUCAUGUAGUUUUAAAACUACAUUCAUCUCAUUUUAUGAAAACAUCGUCUUCUAUUCUCAUUGUGAUAUACCUUAACCUGCUAGUUAAUUGGAAGAAUAGAAUAUAGCCACUAAAUUUCCUUUUAUUUAUAAAAUGUACACUCCAUGAAAUUGACCUAUGAGAAUAUGAGAGGUAAGAAAAGUAAAACAAGAAAUAUGUUUAAUAUCAAAAUUUUGACAAUGGAAGCACUCCAAUGCAAUCCACUCCAAAAUAGAUUUCACACAUUUUACAGCAUAGACAACAUCAUAAACUCUUUAAAAUUAGUAGUAUAUGCUCUGUCUUUCUCAGACAAAUUGGUCAGUAUUCAUUGAUACUAAAAAGACAAAGACAAUAAGACAGUAGACAUUUUGAUUAGCAUAUUAGGAACACAUUAGUAUGAUUUCUAACCAUGUGGCAAUUUAAUUUUACAAUCAACCCAAGGCAAUUAUAAUCAGUGAAUAUACAACCUAUAAACAUAAGAAGUAUUUUACCACAGUGAGGAGAUUGUUAUAGUAGUGAUUGAAAGAACUUUUAUCUCAUCUUUGAAACUGCAAGGCUCUUUUAAUUAAUACCUACCAAUCGAGCACAGUUAUAACACAUAUUCCUGACCUGUUAAUUUGUAUUCAUUUUUAACAAGAUGAUUCUGAUUGUAUUGCCUAUUGACUUUAAGGCUGAGCAAUGAGCUGUUUUAGAGGUAUCAAUCCUUUUUGUUCUAUGGCUUCAAGGAGACUGUAAACUUGCAGUAAAUUGCUAGCUUUUGUGCAUUUGGGGAAAGAAUUUAGUUAUCAAAACUGCACAAUAUUUUAAAUGUCAAAUUUAAAGUCCUAUAAAACUGGACCCAAGAUUGUCUAGCCUGCACCAAUAAAUCCAUACAAGUUCCCAAGUGCAGUGUUUUUCAAAUAAUUUUAACAAGACCAUCUUAGCUGAAUGUAUGUGAAUAAUGAAUGGGUAGUGGAAAGUAUUGACACAAAAAUUAGAAUUCUAUAAAAGACUUACAUAUUGAAUAUAACAACUGAGUCAUAUUCUCAUCGAUGCCUUCAGAAUUCAUUACUGCAUUUUCUUUGGGGUCUUACAAUUCUAUCCAUAACACUACAUAACUUCCCACAGGAAUGUGCCUCAAUAGAAGAGUGCUUGCCUGGCACAUAUAAGACCCAGGGUUCAAUCCAACACUACUGAUCAUAAUAAUACACCAUUUAGACUGUCUCCUAGCUCUCAUAUAGAGAGAGAGGGCAGCAGCCUGUUUCAUUGUAGCAUAAUCUGUGAAAGCAAAGAUUAGCUGUAAUCCCAAAAUGAUGUUUCCUUCCUUAGAGGGAAAUUCCACUUCAUUGCAAUUAGAGUUCACUGUACAGUUCCUAAUAACCACUGCCACUGUUUUUGACCAUUCAAUAUCCUAAUUACUAUUAAUUUAUUUAAGAAAUUCACUGCAGCACUUUGUCAAAUAGUAGGAUGUAUUCAGUCUUGCAAAAUAGUGAAUUAUUAAAUUGUUUAUUUAGUAAAAAAAAUUGGCAAAAGUUCUAUGUAAAUUAUUUGCAGUAACUUUUAGUUUCUACCUCUAACUUAGCAAUUAUUUUAAAUUAAUAAUGUACGAAAUAUAUUUCAGAUAUAAAGAUAUGUAAAAUCCUGGAAAGAAAUACAAAUUUUUUAAAAAACUAUGAAAUAAACAUAAUGAUUCUUAUUUAGAAUAAAAGCGUAAUUAAAAUAUAAUGACCAAUUAUGUUUUUAUUUUAAACAAAGAUAUCUUCAGAGAAUACUGGUUCCACACACAGUGUCUGUCCAAGCUUGUUAAUGUACUGGAGGGGUAAGGGACUCUGAAUUAAAUGCCAAAAAAGUGGAUUCAGAUGCAAAACUGUACUUGAACUUGUUUGAAUAAUUUUGCAUUUCUCUACUGUUUCAUCUUUAUGAAUUAUGCAAAGGCUUUUCCUUAAGCUUAUAUUUAAAUGUAUGAUGAGUGAUGAUACUUUGAAAAAGAGUGGUGAAGCUUCUUGACAUUUUAGGGUCAUUAUGGAAUGUACUGUGGGAAACAAAAUAAAAAGAAGUCAUGUCAUAUAUUUUUUGAUGAAAUCUCUUUACAUGAUGUGUAGUGACUUCAUAAUAUUAGUGAGAAAAAUAUUCUAAAAGACUAUUCCACAGAAAAGUAUUGCUAUUUUGUUAUGCUAAUUAUUUUUCUGUACAUCUAAAGUGUAUCUUCCUGAGUGGGAUAUUUGAGUCUGUUGUUCUGUGUAGAUUGAUGUCACAUUUUUCAAGACAUUGAGCUUUAAAUAUAUUAAAAUGUGAUGCACGGUUUUAUCAAGUUGCUUUUUGUUAUAUUACAUUUAGUUUCAUUUUGCAGCUAACAAACUCUCUAAUCAAUCAUUAACCUAUGAACAAUAUAUGGUCUUUCUCAUGUAACUGCAGAUAAUUUAAUAAAAAUUAUAAUAAAAAUUAAUGUUUUUUCAA